GCAACUUUUUCCACUAGAGAGAAGAGAGGGGAGAACGAGCGAGGCGAAGAGAUUCUUUAAGUAGAUAUCUCAUGCAUAGUUGAUGCUCAUCCUUCUAGCAUGGACUCUCAUCAGUUAUAUGGAUUGACUGGUGCAAACUUAUCGUGCGAACACCCUUCUCCAAGAAAUCUAGUGCUUAUUGAAUGGACACUUGAUUCCACAAAAUCAGCUCUUGGCAACUCACCCAGCUCCCCUCUUUCUAGCCAGUUUGAGUGUGACAAUUUGUCUGUGCCAAGCAAUAUUCAGGAUCAGCACAGCUCCACAGAUACCAUCCCGGGGGUUAGCCUCUCUGGGUACUCUCCGUUGGACACCGACAGCAGAUUCAAACCGUCGCAAGUUCACCUUCCAGAGGGUAUCCAGAUACAAUCCAAUUCACUUUCUGCAGCUUCCAGUCAGAGCAUGAAGCACGCAUUACAGGAGAUUGAAACUGCUCUCAUGGCACCGGAUACAGAUGAACCAACAACCAGCACUGAUCCCGAGUUGAAGGAGAACAAGCAAACUCAGCUGCCAAAGCAGCGGUCAAGAACAUGGACCCAUGAAAUCCAGUUAGAAUCUCCUUCUCUAGUCCAUCCUUGUUACCUCUCCGGUAGAAAUUUGAAUCCAAGUCAUGAAGUGCGUCCGGAGAAACGUCUCAGAGAAAUGAGGAAACCAUCAGGUAAUGAUGUGAAACAGCUUCUAAUCAAGUGUGCUGAAACUCUAUCCAAGAACAAGAUAAAGGAAUUUGAAUUAUUAGUUGAAAAAGCCCGAAGUGUUGUUUCUAUUACUGGAGUACCUAUCCAGCGACUUGGUGCUUAUAUGCUGGAAGGGCUGGUGGCAAGGCACAAGUCUUCUGGCACCAACAUCCAUCGUGCCUUGAGGUGCCGUGAGCCAGAAAGUAAGGAGCUUCUUUCCUACAUGAGGAUUUUGUAUGACAUAUGCCCCUACUUCAAGUUUGGGUAUAUGGCAGCGAAUGGAGCAAUAGCUGAUGCGCUAAAGAAGGAGGACAGGAUCCACAUUAUAGACUUCCAGAUUGCUCAAGGGACCCGAUGGGUCACUCUUAUUCAAGCAUUAGCUGCAAGACCUGGGGGUCCACCACAUGUGCGAAUAACAGGGAUUGAUGAUCCAGUGGCAGAGUAUACUCGAGGAGAUGGGUUGCAUGUAGUCGGGAAGAUGUUGCUGGACAUGUCCAAGAAAUUCAAUAUUCCGCUUGAGUUUAAAGGCCUCCCUGUAUGUGAGCCUGAGGUUACAAAAGAAAUGUUGGAUGUUAGGCUUGGGGAAGCCCUUGCCGUCAACUUCACUCUCCAGCUCCACCACACGCCCGAUGAGAGUGACGACGUAAACAACCCUGGUGAUGGAUUGCUAAGGUUGGUGAAGAGUUUGUCCCCGAAAGUGAUGACUUUGGUGGAGCAGGAGUCCAACACCAACACGACACCAUUCUCGUCGAGAUUUGUCGAGACACUAGAUUACUACUCUGCCAUGUUUGAAUCGGUUGAUGUGAUGCUGCCCAAGGAGAGCAAGGAUAGGAUCAACGUCGAGCAGCAUUGUCUGGCAAAGGACAUAGUUAACAUCAUUGCCUGCGAAGGGAAGGAUAGGAUCGAGAGGCACGAGCUGCUGAGCAAGUGGAGAUCCAGGCUCAGCAUGGCAGGUUUUAGACCUUACCCGCUUAGCCCGUAUGUGAACUCAGUGAUAAAGACUCUGUUGGGUUAUUACUCAGAUAAAUAUACGUUGAUGGAGAAAGAUGGUGCGUUGCUGCUGGGUUGGAAGAAUAGGAACCUCGUCUCGGCUUCUGCUUGGCACUGAUCAGUAAUUGCCAAUUAGAGAGAAGCCUCCAAGGAAUAAAGGUCAGAUCGCUGAAUGUAGAACAUCCACGUACGAAUCUUGUGAUGUAUCUCGUUGUUCUGUUGCCCGCUGCCCGAGUGCUGCGUCUGUUGUUGUAAUCAGAGUCUUCUGUGACACCAAACUACUUGGGAGCUUGAGAAUCGUAUGUAUUCGAUUCUGUUUUCUUCUAAUCAAUUUUUUGGGCCCGAAAUCAAAUGGGUCGGGUCUGA